CAUGAAUAAUCUUCAAUGCCUCAAUCACAACACCGCCAACCCACUUGAUAAUUACAUCAUAGGUGCAUAAUUUAAACUAUAUAGAGCAGUCCAUUGGAAAGGGAACCUUUGGUAAAGUCUAUAGAGGUCUCCAUAAACCCACUCAAUAAUUUGUAGCCAUCAAGAUUCUUGAGAAGAGCAAAAUAGAACAACCUGCAGACUUCACAAGAAUCCAAAGAGAAAUCCAUAUUCUUCGUAAACUUCGUCAUCCAAAUGUUGUUUAACUUUAUGAAAUCCUUGAAUCUGAAACUAAAAUCUAUCUCAUCAUGGAGUUUAUCAGUGGAGGUGAACUAUUCCAACACAUCGUUAAAAGCAAACGACUCCCAGAGAAUGAAGCUGCAGCACUCUUUUCAUAAAUUAUCGAAGCCAUAGAAUAUUUGCAUUCUCUUAAAGUAGCCCAUCGAGAUCUUAAACCUGAAAAUUUACUCCUUGAAAAUAACACCUUAAAAGUCGUUGACUUUGGGCUCAGUAAUAUAUACACUGAUCUACUUUAAACUCCUUGUGGUUCUCCCUGUUAUGCUGCUCCAGAAAUGGUUUCAGGCAUCUCAUAUUCAGGGAUCAAGACAGACAUCUGGGCAAGUGGCAUAAUCCUAUAUGCUAUGCUUUGUGGAUAUGUACCCUUUGAAGAUUCAAACACCAGAAAACUUUACGAGAAGAUCAAACAUUCAGAUUUCCAGAAACCCUCUCAUCUUAGUGUCCAAGUAGUAGACUUAUUGUAGGGAUUAUUGAACAAGAACCCUUUAAAUAGAUUGAGCAUAUCCAAAAUUAAGAUGCAUCCCUUUGUAAGGUAAUCAUAAUUAUAUUUUAUAAGCAAAUACUCCUACUCUAUUCAAAUUCAUCGCACUUUAGCAAUCAAUUCAAACAUAAUCAAAUAGUUACAAGCAGUUGGAGUUGAUAGUGAAAAAUGCAAAGAAAUGAUCAUCAAUAAUAAACACAAUCCAAUUACUACUACCUAUCACCUUUUAAAUAAAUAUCAGUAACCAGCUUAGUCAACCUAGAGAGUCAGAACUCAUUAGAGCAUAAAAUCAGUUGUUGAUAAACCAAGUAGUUCAAUAGAAAGAAAACCUAAUCCAAGUAUUUAUCAUAACAAAACUAAAUCUUAUGAGAAUAACUACACUACUGCUAUGAUUAUGAAAAGAGCAUAUGAUAAUCGGAUUUCAGCAAGACCUAAAUCGACUGAAAGAAGGAUUAGCACUGAAAAUGAUAGAUGGGAACGCAUUAAAACUUAAUAUGAAACAAAAGAAAAUUCUUCAAGAAAAACUCACAUGUCAAGACCAAGUAAAUAGCCUGUUAUGUAUGCAGAAUAUAAAUUGAAAACAGAAAGAAUUAUGUGAUUAAUAUAUAUAUUAUAAAUGAAGAAUUAAAUUUCUAGUUUCAUCCUCAAGACCUACAACAUUUUAGAAGUACUCAAGAUAACAUAUUUAGAAUAAUAUGUAUGAGGAUAUAAUUAGUUGGAAUGAAGAUGGACUCUCUUUUACUGUCAAGAAUAUAAGCCAAUUCUCAUCGAUUGUUCUACCCAUCCACUUCAAGCAUUAAAAUUUCUCUUCCUUCAUUAGAUAGGUAGUUCUAAUCUCUAUAUUGAGUUAAACAUGUAUGAUUUUCAUAAAUCCAGAGGAGGUAGCCCAAAUGAAUUCAAAAAUGAAUAUUUCCAAAAAGGCAGAAAGUAUACAUCAAAUUAAUUAGGGAUCUACUUUAUUAAAUCAAACGGAAAUAACAUAAUGAACUUAUGCCUUCAGAUAUACCAGUACAAAAUGAUUCUUCAGAUUAACUCAAUCAAGUAACAACUAUAAAUUAUUAAUAAAAUUAUAGAUCUCCUAAAAAUGCAAUUAUUUGCAUAAUCUUUGUUCUUCACUUCUAGAAAGGAACCAUAGAGUAAUUAAGGAUAACAAAACUCUCUAAAAGAAUCUUAUCAACCAUAGUAGGCUCUAAUUUUAAGAUGAAUUAUAGCAGCCAGAAUAAUUGUGUAUAACAAAUGAAGAACUUACAAAUAAUGUUCAAUGAUAAGCAACUUUGUAUUUUAUUAUAAAUUUGUGUAAGCUAGGAAGUUUACAAUUUUCAAUAUUUUAGCAUUCUUCAAAUCUUAAAUUCGAAUGUAUGA